AUGUCAAUGGGCAACUUGACCUUAGAUGAGUACUAUGAAAUUCAGCAGAAUGAACUUGAGGCGAUGGAGUCUAUCUACGCGGGGGACUUCGUGGACCUGACGCAGCGCAAGGCGAGCUGGGACAAGAAGCCGCAGCGGGUUUUCGAGAUAUCGUUGCGGUCCAUCGAGAAAGAGCCUGCCGAGUCGUCGCUGACGCUGCACUUUGUGCUGGUGUCUACGUAUCCGCAUGCUGCUCCGCAGAUAACGUUCAAGAAAGUACAGAACGUGCUGGACAGCCAGCUUGCGCUGUUGCGCGAUGACAUCAGGCGGAUUCACAAGAGCGCGCGUGGCCAGGAGAUACUGUUCGAGAUUACGACUCGCGUGCAGGAGGUGCUGGAUGAGUCGCAGGCGAAUGCGAACACACAGUCUCUCGAGGCGGAGCGACUACAGCGUCUGGAAGAUGAGAAGGUGAAGCUGAAGCUUGCGGAACAGGAGAACAAGGAAAAGAUAGAGCUGGAGCGGGCCAAGGAACAGGAGCUGAUUGACGAGCUGGUGCAGAAGGAACUGGAAAAACGCCAGGAUGACGACUCGCUGUUUGGCAUGGAUAAGGCCGUUAACUUGCUUCCGCCUGCCGAGUGGAUAAGCACCGGCGAAGCGUAUGUGUUUCCGAAAGCGAUUCGCGCUAAACUGCCAAACAAUUCGUACUAUUGGUUCAGAGCAGUUGUGAAUAAGGAACCAGUCAAGAUAGGGAACGAUGUUCUCUCCUUUGGCAAACAGUACACAGUGAAACCAUUUAUUCCUUCGGAUUCUCCUUUGAUUGGUAUUUUAGCGAAUGCCGACUUCAUGGAUAACUUUCACUAUCUGUUGACGGAAAUCGAACUUCAGAACUCUUACUUCAAUACUAGUAAUGGAAAGAAGGAGAUUGCUAACCUUGAGCGCGAGCUGGAUACGUUGCUUAAAGUAAACCACGAGCAUGUAAACAAACUGUACUCCUAUACAGUAGAACGGAUAGGCUUGUCGAGUACCUCGUUCGUGUGGAAAAUUAGGCUGUUGACCGAAUACGCUGAAUCGACAUGUAUUGGGAAUAUAAUAGAAUCCGUCGGAUAUGUUAACCUGGCUACUUCGAGAGGAUGGAUACUUCGGUUGCUAGAAGCGCUGGAGAGUUUGCACAAGCAUGGUAUUGCUCACAAACAAAUUGAUUUACACACAGUGCAUCUCAUUAAGGACACUGAUUUUGGUAACACGGUUCCGAAGCUAAUGCAUGCAUCUUAUGGACAUACCAUAUCCAAUAUGUUAAACAGGUAUCCGAACACAAAGUCAGGCAGUAAAAUGAUUGUCAAUAACUGCCCAUGGAUUCCACCGGAAAUGGUAAAAUUUAAUAAUAGCAAGCCUCAGAGAAAGAGUGAUAUAUGGAAUUUAGCAGUACUUUUCAUACAAAUGAUAAGCGGAGUAGACACCCCAUUACAUUAUCAAACACCUGUGGAUUUUUUAGAAUCUGUCGAUAUGGAUGAGAGUGUGGUUGAUUUCCUGAAUAAAAUGCUCGCACCAGAUCCUCGCUUGCGGCUUGGUCCAUUGGAGCUUCUUCCAAUGAAGUUCCUGCGAACAAACAUUGAUGCGGCUGUUGGUAAAUUUUACCUGUUCCCAGAUAGUGUAGGGACUGGGACUCCGACAAUUAUUUCAACAGGUAGUAACCAGCAUCUACGAUCAAGAGGCAUUUCAAGGACUUCAGAUGGUGGGCACCGCAGAAGUUUUAAUGUCGGUUCCCGCUUUUCAUCUGUCAACUCAACCACACGAUCCAGGUAUGCAACCGAUUUUGAAGAAAUCGCUGUAUUAGGCAAAGGUGCUUUUGGACAGGUAGUGAAAGCGCGGAAUUCUUUAGAUAGCAGGUAUUAUGCUAUCAAAAAGGUCAGACACACGGAAGAGAAGCUCUCUAGCAUUCUAUCCGAGGUAAUGCUUUUAGCAAGCUUAAACCACCAAUAUGUCGUUCGGUAUUAUGCUGCUUGGCUUGAGGAAGAUAUGUUGGUAGAAGAAAUGGCUAUUACCUCAAGUGAUGAAAGUGACAUAGAGAGCGAUGAUAAUACCGAAAGUUCAAUCAUUGAUUCCUUCAGUAAUGCAAACGUUACCACAACUAGGACUGUUUUAAACAGUAUGAAUAAUGAUUGGGAUUUCAUCUCUCAUUCAUUUAACAAUAGCAGCAUAUCCAAUAUUAUUUUUGCCAAUAGCACAGAUGAAGAGGACAGCGCCAAUGAUAUUCCUAGCGAGGGCAGCAGAAGCGAGGACGAGCUUACUGACAAGCACUAUGAGGAUGAAAACGAUACAAAGUCAAUUGAUCAAGGCACAUCGCCUACUCUAACAGAAGGACGCGGUGGCAAACAAUAUAAAUCAGGAAUAAAUUAUAGGCGAAGUAGACGUUCUCUCCGACCGGCCGACUUGGCCGAUGAAAAGCGCUCCCUAAUGAAGUCCUCGAGGGCCAAGCCUAAAAGCACUUUAUUCAUUCAGAUGGAGUACUGUGAAAACAGGACCUUGUAUGACUUAAUUCACAACGAAAACCUUAGCCAACAACGAGACGAAUAUUGGCGGCUUUUCCGUCAAAUACUAGAGGCACUAAGUUACAUUCAUUCACAAGGUAUAAUCCAUCGUGAUUUGAAACCAAUGAAUAUCUUCAUCGAUGAAUCAAGGAACAUUAAGAUAGGAGACUUUGGAUUGGCAAAAAAUGUUCACAAAUCCGCUGAUAUUUUAAGAAUAGAAGGGGCAUUUGGGAGCAAUGUUUCAGCAGACGACCUCACAUCUGCUAUAGGUACUGCUCUUUACGUUGCUUCCGAAGUGCUGACCGGUAACGGAAAUUAUAACGAGAAGAUUGACAUGUAUUCGUUAGGCAUAAUAUUCUUCGAAAUGGUUUACCACUUUGAUACACUAAUGGAAAGGGCAACGGAUUUACGCAAGUUGAGAUCAUCCGCAGUCGAGUUACCGGCAAACUUUGAUUCAUCCAAGCGAAACGAGAAAAAGAUUAUUAGGUUGUUAUUAGAUCAUGAUCCAGCCAAAAGACCUACAGCUGCAAAAUUGCUUGCUAGUGGUUGGCUUCCUGUCAAACAUCAAGAUGAGGUUACUAAAGAAGCAUUGAAAAAUUUGGCAGACCCAUCGUCUCCUUGGCAACAACAAGUUCGGGAAAGCUUGUUCUCUCAGCCAUAUAGCUUAUCAAAUGAUAUUCUUUUUGAUAAUUCUCAGAAUACUGCCACACCUUUUAGUCAGCUACUCCGGGCCCAAAUGAAGGAAGAAGUUGAAAAGGUGUUCAGGAGACAUGGCGGUAUCGAGAACAAUGAACCACCCAUUAUUUUCCCCAAAGCUCCAUUCUACUCGUCUCAAAAUGUGUAUGAGGUAUUGGAUAGAGGGGGUUCUGUGUUGCAGCUGCAAUAUGAUUUAACGUACCCUAUGGCGCGCUAUCUUUCUAAGAACCCUCAUUGCAUAUCAAAACAGUACAGAAUGCAGUCAGUAUACCGCCCAGCAGAACAGCAGCAUGGCAGCGUUGAACCACGAAGAUUCGGAGAAAUAGAUUUUGAUAUUAUAUCUGGAUCAUCUGCGGAUUCAGCUUUAUACGACGCUGAAAGUAUUAAAAUCAUUGAUGAACUGAUAUCAGUGUUUCCUGUCUUCGAAAAGACUAAUACUUUGAUUAUUGUGAAUCACUCAGAUAUUAUGGAAAGUAUCUUCAACCUUUGUUCUAUUGAUAAAGCCCAACGUUCCCUCGUAUCUCAGAUGCUGUCUCAGGUUGGCUUUGCCAAGUCGUUUAAAGAUGUCAAAACCGAGCUGAAGGCCCAGUUAAAUAUAUCUUCUACCUCCUUGAACGAUUUGGAGAUGUUCGAUUUCAAGGUGGAUUUUGACAAUGCAAAAAAGAGGCUCAACAAACUGAUGAUCGAUAGUCCGCACCUAACCAAGGUUGAGGAAUCGCUUUCAUAUAUAUUCAAAGUGUUGAACUUCCUGAAGCCUCUUGGUGUAACACGAAAUGUGGUGGUAUCCCCGUUAAGCAAUUAUAACAGUGCCUUCUACAAGGGCGGCAUCAUGUUCCAGGCCAUAUACGAUAGCGGCCGUGUAAAAAGUUUGUUGGCAGCUGGUGGACGUUACGAUAAUUUGAUUUCUUACAUUGCAAGGCCAUCAGGCGGUAAAAUCAAGCAUAUCAAAAGAGCUGUUGGUUUCAACUUGGCCUGGGAUACAAUAUAUCUGAUAGUUCAGAACUAUUUCAAGCUGGCAUCAGGCAAACAGACGAAAAAUAGAAGCCGCUUUCUCCGGGAGAAUGCUAUUGAGUGGAAACCGAAGAGAUGCGAUAUCCUUGUUGCUAGCUUCUCCGAUGCCAUUUUGAAUAGCCUGGGUGUCAGAAUCGUCAACAAGCUUUGGAAGUUGGGAAUCAGUGUCGAUCUGGUUCGGAAUUGCUAUUCUGUGGAAGACGUCAUUAGCGCAGCGCAGAUUGAUGGCUGCGAUUGGAUUAUUCUAAUCAAACAACAAAAUUUCAGUGCAUCUAGUCAUAAGAGGAAAUAUAAGCCUCUGAGGAUACGGAAGCUAGACAGCGAAAUUGACGUUGACAUGGAUCUUGACGAGUUCAUCCAGCUUUAUCAACAAGAAACCGGAAUUAGGUCAACUGCUGAAAUACUGCCUUCGUCAGAGAACUCACAAAUCGAAGAAGGCACCAGCAAAUGGGAAGAGUUUAGUAGCGCCGACGGUAGUCAAGACGGCGGAAGUGGCAUCGCUCCAAUAGGUCAGCAGAAAGUUGUCCACAUUCCGAAUAAUUCCGCUCGCGCAAAGGCAAAACAAAAUAAGAAGGACAAGUGGGUAUUCGAGGAAUCUGCAAGGAACGCUUCCAAGGCAAUUGUUCACAGUCUUUCUUCUGCGCCUGUUUUUUCGGUAGAUGCCAUCAGGGAUGAAGUACUCGAAAUAAUAUCCAUCACUUCGCUGGCUCAGAAGGAUGAGUGGCUUAGAAAGGUAUUUGGCUCUGGCGCCAACUCUGCCCCAAGGAGUUUCGCAACUAGCAUAUACAAUAGUCUCUCCAAAGAAGCUGCGAAGGGCACCAAGUGGGCCAUCUUGCACUGUCACAAAACUGGUAGUUCCUGUGUGGUAGAUCUCCAGCGCUGA